UAUGUGUUUUUCUACAGCCACGCGGAGACCUGAAGGUCUGGAUUAAGCAGCUGGCCCUGGUCCUGAGCAUCCCUUUGUAUGUGAAGCCAGGGUCAUUUUCAGAGACCCUCAGCCACAGCCUCAUACCCUGGCAUCAUAACAAGGCAAGAAGAGGAUAUUGACACCAGGAAAUCAUGUGAAGGUUCAAGUUCACUAGGUGUGGAAGACUAGGUGGCUGGUGCUGCGCAGGCCGUCGCCCGUGGCAGACUGCCUGCUGAUGCUGGCCUACAAGGACAAGUCGGAGCGAGCCAAGGGCCUCAGGGAGCGCAGCAGCCUGACGCUGGAGGACAUCUGUGGCCUGGAGCCCGGCCUGCCCUACGAAGGCCUCGCCCACACGCUGGCCAUCAUCUGCCUGUCCCAGGCUGUCAUGCUGGGCUUCGAUAGCCGUGAGGCCAUGUGCGCCUGGGAUGCCCGGAUCCGCUAUGCGCUCGGCGAGGUGCACAGGUUCCACGUGACGGUGGCGCCUGGCACCAAACUGGAAAGCGGCCCUGCCACGCUUCACCUCUGCAACGAUGUCCUUGUCGUGGCCAGGGACAUCCCUCCAGCUGUCAUGGGGCAGUGGAAGCUGUCCGACCUCCGGCGCUAUGGGGCUGUGCCCAAUGGAUUCAUCUUUGAAGGCGGGACCAGAUGUGGGUACUGGGCCGGAGUCUUCUUCCUGUCCUCGGCCGAGGGAGAGCAGAUCAGCUUCCUGUUCGACUGCAUUGUCCGCGGCAUCUCCCCGACCAAGGGCCCCUUCGGGCUGCGGCCGGUUCUCCCAGACCCGAGCCCCGGGGGUCCUGCCGCUGCAGAGGAACGCGUGGCCCAGGAGGCCCUGGAGGCCCUGAGGCUGGAGAAGCGGCUCAGCCUCCUGUCGCACACGGGCCGUCUGGGCAGCGGAGGGGAUGACCGCAGCCUGUCCAGCUCUUCCUCAGAGGCCAGCCACUCGGAUAUCAGCGCCGGCGGCCGCCUCACGGCAUGGCCAGAGCCUUCCUCGUCCUCGGCCAGCACGUCGCAGGAGGGUCCAGGGCUGGCAGCCGCCCAGGCCUCUGCGGAGACCGUGCCGGGCACCUCCAGGCCGCCCCCCAAGCCGCUGCGGCCUCGGCAGCUGCAGGAGGUCGGCCGCCAGAGCUCAUCGGACAGCGGCAUCGCCACGGGCAGCCACUCCUCGUACUCGGGCAGCUUCUCCUCCUGCGCCGGCAGCAGCCUGGACGUGUGGCGCGCGGGCGACGAGUUCGGCUCCCUGCUCAGCCUGCCGCCUGCGGCCGGGGUGUCCGAGCCCAGCCUGUGCGCCUGCCUGCCGGGGACAGCCGAGUACCAGGUGCCCACGGCCCUGCGGCACCAUUAUGACACGCCGCGCAGCCUGCGCCAGGCCCCCGGGGACCAGACCUCGGCUGUGCAGGGCAGCCUGGACGAUGGUGGGGCCGGGGACUCGGGUGGCCAGAUGUCCGCGGGGUGUCCCUCCAGCUGGCUGGGCGCGAGGCAGCGGGGACAGGUGGCGGAGGGCCCGGGCAGCGAGGCCCCUGUCGAGACCUGGGAGGCAGGCAGCCCCCAUGCAGGGCCUCCUCCAGCUUUCUUUUCCACCUGUCCGGCCUGUGGAGGACUCAAGGUAAACCCCCCUCCCUGAGAGCCACAGCUCAGGUUCGCUGCUGCGGGGGUUGGGUUCUGUCCCUCUCGGCAGGAGGGGAAAGGGUGCCCUUGGUGCUGUUGGUGAGGCACGGUGGGGAGGGCCUGAGGGGAGGGGUGACAGUCCCAGAGGCUGCCCUCUGGGGAGUGGAGCCUGCAGGGAGGGCCCCCAGGACUUGGAGAGGGCGACUAGCCUGCAGCUCAAGUGCCUUCUGGAAAGUGGGAAGCUCUGGGUGGAGCAGGCUGGGGGCGUGCACAGUCCCAAAGCCUGAGGAUGGGGUGCAGGGGACACAGGCCGGUGCUGUGUCCCAGCCGGCGUUAGCCAGGCCCUCGGGGUGAUCAGGGCUGGGAGGCCCCUCGCGGGCCGCAGCCACCUCCCCGUCCAGUUCCCCUGCCUACCCGGUGGAUGGCCAUUCUUACUUCUCAGAUACAUCCCUUCCGUGGUGCACAGUCAGGUCAUCUGCUAAAAAUUAGCUUCCUCUGCAGCAGCUGCAGACCCAGAUUCCCAGGACAGGAGCGUGGCACGGUGCGUGUAGGACGAGCUUUACCUGUCCACUGCACACCUCCUCUGUGAAGCAGCGCCACGGGUGGCCCGUCUUACAGGGGAGGAAACUGAGGCUCAGGAGGCGCAGGGACUUGUGGGGUCUGGGUCUCAUGACUCAAGAACCUCCACUGCUCACCCACCAGCCUGUUCCUCAACCUGCAGGCUCCCGGGCCAGGGGUGGGCAGGCAGCAAGGUGGUGACGCCAGGAGGCCCCUGGGAAAGCUCUGGAAGCUGUGCCUCACCCCCUUCACCCUCCUGGCUGAGCUGGAAGGCUAGGGGUCAGGACCAGAGGGGCUGGGGCUCCAAGGCCCAUCCGUUUGUGUUUGGAGGCACGUGGGUCGCCCGGGGUAGAGCUGCUUCCGGCGCCCUCCGUGGCCUGUCUGCUCGCCUGCAUGGGGUGCAGCUGCGUUGCCUGGUUUCCUACAUUGUUCUGCAGUUUCGUGCACCCCGAGAGGUGGGCCGGUGCCCGUGCGGCUCGGGACCUGGGCUGGCGCCGUCCUGCGCUGUCUGGCACCCGCCCCCAUCCAGGGGGCCAAUGGCUCACCUGUAAAUAUUUUGCUUUGUACCUUUACCGUCGGCUAAAGACCUUUGUUGCUCUUUUACAUUUUUAAAAUCGGACCUGUUUGUAAUACAUUCUUAGAUUGGAAAUAAAAUUUUCUUUUCUUACCA